CGGCAAGUGUCGUAAUAUCGCAGGAUAACCUUUGACACAACAUCCGGGACUUCGUCAGUUCAUUCUUGGCGGGGCUUUUCAAGAUGGCUGCCCUUGGCUAAAAAGGAAAGUACCAAAAGAGCUGCCAGGAAGCUUGGAACAAACCUAACCAUCAGGCAGUACCUCAGCCAGGAACAGACCACACGAUCCAACCAUGAACCUGAGUCACGCCCAAGGCCUGGAGUCAGCCGGCAUCAUGGCUGACCCCAUAGACAUGAGAGAGAUGUUCUUCACCAACCUGCUUCUCCUGGGGUUCGAUCCAACCUCCAUGGAAGCCAAGCACAAAAUACCUUUCAGCAGAGAUAUGUUUGCUUUGCCCAACAAGAAGGCAUUUGAAGUGGUGACCCAUUAUCUGUUCACAAGGCUGGAUUCUAACAUGGCCCGGGAAGCUUUCAGGGAUUGCUGGCCUAUCUAUGAUAAGAAGGGUGAACAACAGUUCCGCAGGACAGUCAACAACUGGAUGACACAGAUCUCCAGAGAAGAACCAGAGGCAAACCUUCCCAGGGUUGUGGCCUCUCUCUUCAUGUCACCAGGAGGGGACAGAUUCUACAACUUGAUGCUGCAUUUCUCAGCCUUUGUUAUUAUGAAAGCCACCCAGGUUGAGAAUGGUGUGAAGAGAAGGGACAUCCAAGAACGUCCCACAGUGCUGCCCUCUGACCUACACCUGACCCCCCUGAUGCUGACCGGAGUACAGGCUGGCCUGGUCAGGCACAGGAAGAGGGCCCUGGACACAGCUCAGACUGCCCAAGUGCUAGAGGCAGAGUGGAAACAGUUUGCCAAUGAAAUUGUGAAGGAGCAUCGGCACUUGUCAAAGAAGUUACGAGAGACAGAAAGGCAAGAGAACGAACUCCUCACAGAGUCAAAUGACAUCAACAGGAUAAGUCCCAGUAGGAGGAAGGCUGGAGGAAGACUCCAACAUGAUGAUGAUAUCCUGAGAGUAAGGAGAACACAGGCUGUCCACAAGGUGCGAGAGUUGUGGAGAGCAGUGGAUGAGUUGUACAAAGGCUCUUCACAGCAGCGUGAAGUGGUAGAGUCUGUACUGCAAGGAGUUCUGGACAAGUACAAAGUGGACACCUCCAAAAUUGAUGUCCGUGUACCUGAUCUGCUGCUCAGGGAGUGUGACAGGGAAUUGCAGAGGAGAAAUAUUGGAGACAUCUAUCAAGGAGGAAGACUCAAUCUCAUGAGUUUUGUGCAGCUGUCAAGCCUUGCCCUGCAUCUGUACAUUGAAAAAUUGCAUGAAGGUGGCCUGCCCAACUUUUCUGAUUUCUCCGCCGGGGUUGCCACCCAGGUGCACACGCACCAUGCACACCUGUCUAAUGCACAGGCAUUCAGAGAUACUCUGGCUGACAAGGUGAUCCCUGAUCUCCAAGAGUCUGUAGCCAGGCUAACCAGAGAGCUGGACUCACAGUAUCUGCCCCAAGAACCCAACACACGGAACUCAUAUCCUCUCUCCAUCCCAUCCCUAGGUCUGGGCUUGAUGCCCGCCACUCCGCCUGUGUCCUUCUCACCUCAGGAAGGGAUGACCGGCCUCACCCCCGCAGCUUCUCUCCGCAGACCCUCCCCUGAAGUUUCCACCCCAGAGGUUGUGUCCAGACUGGCCAGUUCUGUGCACAGGGCAGCACGGAGGACAACAGGUCUGUUGGCACAGGGCACUCCAACAUACGACAGGGGGGUGCUGACAGGGGAACAGACUUUCAGGGAAAGCAUACAGCCUGCAUCCAAGAUACCUGUAAAGAGAAAAGAGGAGAGACCUGUUCAGCAGCCCAGGGCACCCCCUAGUGUCCAGCAGGAGGUACUGCGUGCACCUGUACCUACCAGUCCUGACACAGACGACAUCUUCACACCCUUGAAGACAGACCCGAGGGUGAGGGUGGAGAGGACGCCGGUUCACCAGCGGAGAAGAGCGCAGGACAUGCUGGCCUCCCAGUCCAAACAGCCAAUGGGAGACCAGCGCUGGAGAACUCCGGCUGGGAGACCCAUGGAAGACCCCUCCACUCCGAGCAGGGGGCCGCAGGGUUUUACUCCAAAGGCACAUCAGCUACUGAUUGACCAGAUUGCCUCAGCAGUAGCAGAAGAGAGGACCCCUUCAGUAGCUAGUUCUUCUGACCUUUCCCCUCCCAGCUCCCCUGUCAUACAGCCCCUACAGGACCCACUGGCUGCUCUAGAUGAAAGUGUGGCUUUCACAUCUCGAGACAGGCUUGCGAGAACACCAACGUCCAAACCCAGACCUGCUCCAAUGUGGAAAGAUAUUCUGUCUCAAGAAGGAAGGCAGGACACUCCAACAAGAACGUUGUUCCCACAAGACAAUGCACACCAAGAACAAGCACCAAUUGUGGGGGGGCUUGCAGGAAUACCCAAUGGCUGGCCACAGCCCAGCAAGCCUAGAUAUCCGUCCAUCGAAGACCAGGAGUCUUCCGAGUCGGAGAAACCCAGCUCACCGGUGGGAAGUGUCUCCACACAGAGUUCCCUCCUCUCCUUGCUGAAUGGGAACGAUAAGGGAAGGGAGAAUCAUGGGGAGGGCAGGCCUCUCGAAGACUUGAUCGCGUUCAGCAGUGCUGAAUCGUCAGUACCUUCAUCCAUGAAUGGAGGAAAAGCAGUGAAUGGUUUGGAGAAAGAUGGUGGAAGCAUGUUCAAGGGAAGGUCCUCCUCAUCAUCCUCAGUUGAAGAAAUAUCCACAGAGAGUAUGCAAAGGAUGCCACAUGUAACCAUGAUGAAAAUAGUGACAACUCCUCUUGGACUGUCUGAUGAAAUUCCCUCAGAUGUUCCCAUUGAGGAACUCCUUGGAAAUUUGGCAUUAGAUGCUGAAUCACCUCUGAGGACCUCAGAUGACGCUGCACCAGCCGACCCACCAAUCAGGCUUGAGAAUGUAGAAGAAACUUUCAACGAGAUUUUUUCCUCUCGAACUCCAACACUGGAGGUUCGGUCUCGGCUCGGCACGUUGCACACCCCAGGCAACACUAGCUCUCAUCUAUCAGACUCUGAGACGCCACUAUGGCAACCUGAGUUGUUUGACAGUUUUGAACAUCCUUCAAGUAAGUCACCUGAUGGCACAAGUGCUGGAGAGGGCAAGCUUCUCUCGGAUAUUUUUGCUGGCAGUCAGAAAAGGUCCCCUGUCGUGACCAAUGGCAGCACGUCUGCCUCCGAGGUAAGCGACUCCGGCAGCACUGGCGGGCUGCAGCGGGACCGGCACCCCACCGCUAGUUCCGGGAAGAGUGUGACGUUUGCAGAGGUCCACACGGAGCACACCUACUCUGCAUACGAGUCCAUGAACAGCUCAAAGGGGGCGUCGCUGUUGGACGAUCCCCACUCCUUGUCAGCUCCUCCCGUCGCUGAGAAAGGUACUGCAGAGAAGACUGACGAAUCUCCGGAAGACUUGAUAGCCAGAUACCAGAGGCUUAAAGCAAGUGCCAUGGCUCUCAUGGCCGAGGAAGUGGAAACAGAUCCCGUACAAGAUACACUUGCAAAGCUCUCUAUUGAUACUGCAGAAGUAGGCGGGUCUGCUGAGCCACCAUUGAGUGACAAGUUCCUAGAGCAUUCUCCACGAAAAGAUGAGGAAGAGAAGGAAGACUACAGGAGACUGUCAGGGCUACAUGAGGAUGUGUUUUCCAGUCCUUUUGCACAGCCUAGAGGCAGGCUGGAUUGGGAGGAUGAUGUAGAACCUGGACGAACUACAGCAGACAGUUUGACAUCAGCUGCAGUUUGGACUGAGACUUGGGCAACUACUCCCAACAGGACACCCGUACAUCCUGCAGUGAACCGUAUCAGGAAAGCAUCAGGCACUAGCACUGGGGACCCACGUGCCUUAGCAAACUCCCCUGUCACUGACUGGCUCCACUCUGAUGGCAGGCCCAACUUUCUCAAUGCUGAUUCAGAGUUUCCACCAAGAAGAGAGAGUUUGGGUGUAUUUCUAGGAGUGGAUGAUACCAUCCUGGUGCCGCCUUCUCCGUUAGAGAGUCACCAGUACAGCUUCUCAGACACACCCACAUCAGGCAGGGCUGCCACCAGGGGCUCCCCUACUGUAGGGCAUCUCAUCGACUUCUGAUAUGGACCAUCAUAGAAGGCAGGGACAUGUGAUGUUUGCCACCCUGCCAUAUGAUCCUGCCCAGAGCACUGGUACAGACCAGCACUGGCUGCCAAUCAAUUGACCCUGCUUCAGGGGUCAGGGCAGCAUUAUUUUCCAAGGAAGAGUGAUCAAUGGGAUACCAAAGUAACAACAUAUGAAAAAUAAGAAGGACCAAAACUGCUGCCUUUGAGCUGGGAGACGACAAACCACAAGAAAAUAAGUUGAAGUCAAUAUCAACCAUUGGUUAUCAGGACCGCAGGGCUUGGGCAAGGAGCUCAUAAUCAUAUAACCUGCUUGGUUUAGGUGUCAGACAAUAGCAUUCCUUUGCAUUCAAUCCUGUCAGACUGUCUGACUAGCUUGCACAACAAAGUUUGGGGCUUAAUCAAAAUUUUGCACAUUAGUCAUGUCUGCAUUUUCUUUAUGGUAACCAAAUCAAAAGGGGAACAGCAUUUUCAAAGGUUGACCUAAAAUUAGUUCUGCAUAAAACAAUUGCAGAUUAAACUUUAUGACUCCAGGAAAUAUUUGAUAACACUGUGUCAAGCAUCACUAAUGUUUCUUUUGGUUGAUUUCCCAUUCCAUCAGACAGGAAAAUAUGACGCAUGAAUGUUGGGCCACUGCAUUGUGUUUCAAUUUUGUACCAUCCAAGAGGCAAGAGAGGAAAAUGCCAGACUGCAUGCAUCAAACAGUCGCGACGAUGCAACUUCAUGCCUGAUGGUACAGAAUGGCAAGGUUCGUUCUUCCCAACAAAGUGUAAACUACAAAGGUCUUUUCAUUUAACCAGACGUGACAGCAGAACGCUGUGCAAAUGUCACAUUUCAAUACUCAGAGACAUCUGACUGAGCAAAUGUCAGCCGAGUAACAUUCUAGUGAUUAAGUAUACAACCCCCAGAAAUACUUAAUUUUACAAUUUUUGACUAAAAUUGGGUGUUCCUAGUGAUAAGUAUACAAGGUCUGCUUCGGGUUCAUCAUGAAACCUCAUGUAACAUCUGCAGCUCAAAACAACAGCCUGUUCUUUUUCCUUUCAGUAUAGGAAUGACCAGUCAUCUUGAAAAUUAUUACAACUCUUAAUAUUUCAUUGAAAAUAAAAUUUGAUUCAGCUGAAAAAUAAGACAUAGACACUCAUUCUUGAAGAAUAAGGUAAAAGAUAAAAUUUUGAAAUAUUACCUGCAUGGCUUUUGUCAGUAUUUGAUGCUCAAACAGUACCACCAAGAAUUGCAAACUCACCAUACAUUGUGAAACAAUUCCCACAAAAAAAUGAAAUUGCUGGAGAGGCCUUUUAUGAACUGUAACUUAGAAUGAACAUACUACAAAUGAAGGUGAAGAUUUUUCCAGAUUAUGUGCGAUAUCACAGUGCCACCGCUGGUAGGAUCUUGCAGAUUUACAUCAAUCAAAACCAACCAAUUAACGAGCGCUUGUGUAAUUCUCUUGUGAUGGUGUUACGCAAACAAGAUUAUUCGUGCACAACACUUCAAUAGCACUUCAUUAUGGCUAAUGGCCUACUGCCAUUACGUUAUGAUGAAUACACACUGAUUGGGAUGUAGAUAUUAGAAUAUUAAACCAACAUCGGCCUUGACGUUGGAAAAGUGGGUGCUGGUAGAAUUGAUGGCAGAUCCAUCAUAUCGACUAUCAAGUCCCAAAAGUACACUAAAAUAUUUGCGAGUCUAUUAAUGUUCUUGCACGCCAGAUAUAAAAAGGAAUCGCUAGCUCAUGGCUUAAUCUGAGUGUCAUAAUUGGUAACCCUGCCACAUGGCAUAACACCUGUUCUGUACAUGCAUUAGGGCCUGAUGGAUUAUGGUAGCUGCACACUUGGGUGCAACCAUUUUUUUCUCUUUUCCAGAAUUGCGGUAUCUUUUUAAAUGCAGUUGAUGUGUCUGUCUUUCAUCAAGGAAGCAACUUGCAAAAUAUCUUCUCAAGGGGUGAAACCAUAAAAGCUGAAUGCAUGUUGGUACCCAUUACUCCAGGCUGAAAUUUGAAGCCAAACACUUCAAUCAAAAGUAUCAUCAUAAUACAAACAGAAUUAAUUGCAGUAUCCUUUGUAUUGUAUAUUCAUCAAUCAUGCAGAAGCAGUUAACCAGAAGUCUAGAAGGUGUGUAGAUGGCCUCUGAAAAGAAGAGUCAACACAUACCAUAACAACCUACAGUAAUAGUGGUAACAAACUCCAUUGUACAUUCAUGGAUAAAGCCUAAAUUCCAAUAUUUCACAUGUUGUAAGACUGGAAACAUCUAUGAUCUAUCCCAACAGUGUUGUGGCAGCUUCUUUGUUAGUAUCUGACCGUUGUGCUGAAAUGUGUGCUUCUAGUGAAAUUCCAACUUUCACCCAUCUAAACCAGCUCCAUUUCAUUAAAUCAAUGGCAAACAAUUUCAAACUGACAGUGUAAAGUUGUCACAUUUCACACAAUAGAACAAUAAGCAUACAUUUACUUUCCACUGCAAUAGUGAUUAUGGAAAAGUGGGCCCAGCACUAGACACUGUGGAACAGCAACAAUACAGUUAUAAACACCAGAUAACCUUUGCUUUGUAGAUCCAGCAUCACAAAUAAUUAGUACUUUAAGCUUGGAAUAAAAAUGUCUUUCCUACAGUCACGGUUUACAGAUUUAACACAUCAUUAAUCCUAUUGCUGAAUAAAGUUACUUCUGGAGAAACAUCUGCUCUCCAUAUCAGAUGGCGGCUUAUUAUAUACACAUGUACAUGUACUGUAAUGAAAGCUUAAUGUGUACUCAUGGAUAAUGUGAUAAUGGCCUCUAGAAUGAAAUAUACUGUUUCUUGGGUAGGCUGCCCGUAGGCAUCAUCAAUCUUAAGUGUUUGAUUACAAUUGGAAUAUUUAGCGUUGUAUUCUUACUGGGUCAAACAAUUACAAUGUAAUCUUUUACAUUACAUUACAUUUCUUUAACACCCUUUUGAUUUCAGACUGUUAACAUUACAACAUGACCCAUGGAAUUACUCUAACCAGCUUAUUUCUCUUCAAACCACCCCAUUUACCAUAUCCAAUAUGUAAUUAUAACCCUUUCAUACUUAACAUAUGGAAUAACCCAAAUAACUUCUGGCCAUCUCCAUUUACUGGGCUCUCCUUUCACAGUUGGUCGUAUAACACUGUGUAUUAGUAGACCAACAUGUGACCCCCACUGAUGUGAUGAAUCAUCAAAAAUGCACACCAAAACUCCAUCUGUUCUGUGCAACUGCAGCUUAUGACUUCCUGCUAUCAACACACUGAUCUUGAUUAAACACAGCAAUU